AUGCCGCGCGGAAAAGCUCCACCAAGGAACAAGCUGGAGUCCAUCGGCCUCGAAACAGCGAACCCCCCGGAAACCCUCGAGUACAACCAGACCAUUGCACGCAUCGCGAAGAAUGAAGGACGAAACCUUUUCACCGUCUCCCUCCCAAAUGGGAAAUCCGCACUGGCUGAGUUGGACCAGAAGUUCGUUAACACCGUCUGGAUGAAGCGAGGCGGGUUUGUGCUCGUUCAAAGGCGCGAAGAUGAAGAUACGGGGAAGGUCGGAGCAGAUAUCAUCAAUGUUGUGAGAGAGGACCGGAUAUGGAAGAAGAUGCCUUGGUGGCCGAAACAAUUCGCCAAAACAGCAGAUGUGGAGGAUGAGGAGUCCAAUGUUGGCAAGAUGCCACCAUCUGAGAGCGAGGAAGAGGACUCCGCGGGCGAUGUCUGA